AUGUGUUUUGGGAAAUCAGGGAUUCUGGUCGAUUCGGAAGACGAAGCGUCAGAGAAGAAGUCGAGGAAGGGCAAAGUCAAGAGUAAGAGCAGGAAGAAGGUAGGUACCCCCCACAAGACCCACUCACUCCUCGAACAAGUUCCAACUCAGAAACUGCCAGGGAAAGCACUCGAGAUCAAGGUGAAGGAGGUAGAUGAGGUAGGUCUGACAUGUUAUGACAUUUUGUUGUUAUUGGUUUGGUCAAAAAGUUUGUGGAAAAGAAUUGGUAAUGUUCUAACAUAAGAUAGUUUACAUUUUGGUCAAAAAGUUUGUAGAAAAGCCUUAAACGAUAAGUCAGUUAUUCUCUUUGGUUUUUCUAUUUAAUUUUGGACCGAAAAAAAUAAUAACUUUUACUGAACCAAUCAACUAUAAUAUAAUGACGUGAUUAAAACGGAAGCAACUUGCAGGACGACACGCUACACGGAUUCGAACAUUCGAUGAGUGAACGGCUAUUCGAAGCCGAUCCAGAGAAAGAGACCAGCGAACAGGAAAGACGGAUGAUAAUGGGUAAGAUAACGGGUACCAAUAAAACUAUGACGCAAACAAUAUUGUUUUACAUAUUGAAAUUGGGGAAAGAGCACAAUUUCGGUAUUAAAAAGGGGGGGGAGAUUAAUAAAGGGGGUGGGGAGGGGAAUUAAAAAGGAGGGAGAGGGGAAUCGCUUAAAGGAUCAUAAGUGUUCUGCCUUGCCGUUCCAAAUCAGAGAAAUCAAGAAACUGAACGUUUUUGGCGCGAAACGUGAGAUCGACUGGUAGAAAAUUUAUUUUAUCCAAAAAUACAGUUUGUCGCGAAAAAUGUUCUUGCCAAAUCGAGAGGGAAGUGGGGGCGGAAGUCUUGCCCGUUUUUUGUGAUAAGGGGUGAAAAAUAAACAUUGAAAUGAUUUUUUAACUUUAAAGAUAGCCGUAGUUUACUUUUUUCAAAAACCAAAAAGUGCAGAAAGUUCUGUCAAUUUUAUAAAAUAAGGAAAAAUUAUCAUUUUAGUGAAUGUAAAAAUAAAAAAAAGAAAUUAAAAAAAAAGGUUUAAUAUUAAAAUUUGGAACUUCAGGCCGACCACCCAAAUCGAAGGAGUAA